CUUAAACUGUAAUCACCUUGAAAAUUCAUGGCAACUAACAACAUAUAUCUAUUGUAAAUGCUUCCAAAUUCCAUGCAUUAUCCUAAUCCAUUUAGUACGAUCGGCACCAAGAUCCAUUUCCAAAAUAAACCAUGCCAAAUAAACUGCAUUGCAAUGGCUAAUCCGGCAAAAACGAGAAACCCAUCACCUGGCGACAAUUAUUAGAAGCAUCAACUUGACGGGAAUGCUUAUGGAACUAACAAGGUAACCGUCCGCCUGCUCUUCAGAUUCCAUGAAACCCUAUAAAUGGAAUCAAAUUCCCUCUUCUACGUUGCCACCACUACUUAAAACUUCAAAACAGAGGAAACAGAGUCAAAUGGAGCUCACCAACAGGAUCAUUGUGACCAGGAACUACAUCGAUGGUGCCCCAAAGGAGUCCGACUUCGAGGUGAGGUCCCGAGUCGUGUCCCUGUCGCGCGAGCCAGCUGGAUCGGUCAUCGUGAGGUCGCUCUACGUCUCGAUAGACCCUUACCAGCUCACCCGCAUGAAGAGCGACAGCUCCUCCCAGAGUUACAGCAGCUUGGCCACUGGCAUUGCUCCCGGAGAGGAGGUUGAUUGUUAUGGGGUUGGCAAAGUUGUGGCUUCAGGGGACCCUGAAUUUGAGGAAGGUGACUUGGUGGGUGGACUUUUGUCAUGGGGAGAGUACUGUGUCUUGAAGCCUGGAGCCAUGUUCAGGAAGCUUGACCCUAUGGGGUUCCCUCUGUCACACCAUGUUGGUGCUUUAGCGUUCAGCGGGCUGACAGCAUACGCGGGGCUGUUCGAGGUGGGGAAGGCCAAGAAAGGGGAGAAGGUGUUCGUCUCCGCGGCUUCUGGUUCUGUUGGACAUUUGGUUGGGCAGUUUGCUAAGCUCCAUGGCUGCUACGUGGUUGGCAGUGCUGGAAGCAAAGCAAAAGUGGAGUUGAUGAAAGAAAAGCUGGGUUUUGAUGAUGCAUUCAACUACAAGGAUGAAACUGACCUCAAGGCAACUCUCAAGAAGUAUUUUCCGGAGGGGAUCGACGUGUACUUCGACAACGUGGGAGGCGAGAUGCUGGAGGCAGCAGUCGACAACAUGAACGCAUUUGGCAGGGUGGCAGUCUGCGGGGUGAUCUCCGAGUACACGGGCAAAGGACGAAAGGCGGCUCCCGACAUGAUGGAUGUCAUCUUCAGGAGAAUAACGAUCAGAGGGUUUCUAGCAGCUGAUUUCAUGUGUGUUUUCCCUGAAUUCAUGUCUGCAGCCUGUGAGCACCUGGGAUCAGGGAAGAUGGUAUCGCUUGAGGACAUCUCCAUUGGGCUGGACAGCAUUCCUUCUGCAUUUGUGGGUCUUUUUGCUGGUGGUAAUCUCGGCAAGAAGAUUGUUCAGAUGGCAGCAGAGUGACGGUUCUUCACAAAGAGUAUUUGUUCUCUUUAGGGUUCAAAACGGUUUGGUCUUCGUGUUUAAGGAUGUUGUUUAUGUGUUCAACUUAUGGAUUUUGUGGUAGCUCUAAGCCUCGUAAUUAGGCAUCUUAGUUCCACCAUUUGCAUUGACGUGAUUCUGUGACCAAAACUGCAAGUGCACCGUGUCACGUCACAAAUAAUAAAGUCGAUAAGAUUAU